AUGGUGGACCGAACGAUAUAUAUCUUGCAGUAUGUCCUUCAGAUCUCGGAGGAUGGAGCUCUGUUGCGUCUGGUACCUAGCCGCGAGAUGUCUGAUCAAUCUCCUACAUAUCUUUUCCGCCCGGCCAGGCAGGCUUUGGUGCCAUUAUCUCCAUCCCCAUCAUCUUCAUCAAUGUUCUCAUCCAAUCCUUCAGUAACCCGCACCACGGCUUCCAUCGCAAGUAGCACUAGCCUUCAGCCCCAGCGACGACAAGCGGCAGGGAUAUGCCGGGCGGAUGAGUCAACAUGCCCCCAAGCAGGCUGGUGUUGUAACAAAGAUGAGACCUGUUUCCUUGAAGCCGGGGCCUUCUUUUGCUGCCCAACCGGCGCCGGCAAAGGAGGUUGCGUCAGGGUCUGCCACUCCGGCGACUUCCAAUGUGUUGGCACCACCCCCGACACCACCGGCAUCUGUUGCGCCAACGGCCAAACCUGCAUCGGCGGCGAUACACCCCUUCCCUUCUGUGCUGACACUGGCGCAUCGAGCUCUACCAGGAAAACAUCAACCUCACUCACAACAAGCCAAACCAGCACUUCUUCUCACAGUAGCGACUCACACACCUCCAGCACCACAACGUCUCUGCAGUUUCCUACCCCCAGCCCCAACAAUUCCCCCUCCUUCUCGACCUAUCCAACUCAUACGAUAUCCAACAUCCCGUCCCCGUCAGCCACUGAGCCCCCCUCCUCCAACUCCGGAAUUUCCCUUGCAGCGCAAAUCACAGCCAUCAUCGUGCCUCUCGUAAUCAUAACCCUCAUCAUCUCCUGCAUCUUUCGCUGCCGCCGCAAGAAGCAGUGCGGCACCCGGAUUCAAUCCACCGAUUUUACCGAACAGCAGAACACCAGCACCGGCACCACCGGCACGGGCAUCAGCCAUAACGCCGACGGGCUGUCCUUUUACAGCGCCUAUUCUUCGUAUCCCAAGACACCUCCUCCCCCGCCGCCCACAUUUUCUGCUGGAAGGCUCUACGGGAGAGAAGCAAAAGAGGAAGAUGGCGAGGUUAUGAGCUCGCAUGAGAGGUACAUGAUGGAGAGGAGGAUGUUCAGGACACCAACACCUCAGUCGCCAGUUGGGCAAGGAGCGGGUAGGGGGCUGUGA